GCGCCAAUGCUGUGGGAUACACCAGCUACCCUGAUAAUGUGGUGUUCAAGUUUUGCGAGAAGGCACAACAGAAUGGCAUGGAUAUCUUCAGAGUGUUUGACUCUCUAAAUUAUCUCCCUAACUUACAGCUGGGUAUUGAAGCAUCCGGCCAGGCCGGUGGAGUCGUGGAAGCUGCCAUUUCUUACACCGGAGACGUGUCUAAUCCAUACAAGACUAAAUACAACAUUGAGUACUACAUGAAUCUUGCAUCAGAACUGGUCAGAGCCGGCACCCAUGUUCUCUGUAUCAAGGACAUGGCUGGUGUGUUGAAACCCAGUGCUGCUACGCUAUUAAUUGGUUCACUUCGGGCCCAGUUCCCCAAGAUGCCUAUUCACGUGCAUACCCAUGAUACCGCUGGAGCAGGCGUAAAGAGCCAACUUUCUCCACGUGACUGUUGGUGUCGGCUGACCAGUAGCUUGGCAGACCAGGCUCACGUUCUGUCCUUCCUCAACGAUGACAGAGGAGGGCUUAAGGGAAAUCAAGGCGCCAACUAG